CCACCACAUUCGACAUCCCCAACUCCACAACCACCUAGCCACACAACAUGGCAUCCACAAACCCCACCGAAGAGACCCAUUCCCUCCCCGGCCGCAACCCCGACGGCACAUUUACCAAAGGCAGUUCCGCCGCCAAAGAAGCCGGACACCUCGGUGGCCUUCACGCCCACCAUCUGGAAGAAUCACAGGAGCAAAACUCUUCUGUUUCUUCUUCUGCAGGCCGCAACCCAGACGGCACCUUCACCAAAGGUUCCGAGGAAGCCAAGCAUGCGGGACAUAUUGGUGGGUUGCACGCAGCUGGUAAGACGGAUGAGAAGAAGGAGGAGGUGAGCGAGUUGGAGGUUCAGACUGGAAGGAAUCCUGAUGGGACUUUUGUCAAGGGUUCGGAGGCUGCGAAGGAGGCUGGUCAUAAGGGGGGAUUGGCUUAGGGGUUUCUCUUUCUCUCUCUCACUCUCGCUCCCUCUCGCUUUCUCUGUAUUGUCAGUUCAUGGUGAUGAUUGAGAGCGGUGGGAUUCUCUUGUUCCCGUCGAAGUGGCGAGGGAGUCUCGUGGAUGAGGGAUGCAUAGGUAGAGAUACAUGGCUUCUUUCGUGGACCAGUUUCUUGAGAUGAUAUACCUUGCAUGCAUGAAUUGAUUCGCUCGCUCAUUGCGACUCUCCAAUCUAUCUAUUUCAUUUAUGAUACGUCAAGUGCAAUCUGUCUCAUCCAUUUUUGAGUCCACUUACUUACAUAUUGCCACUGCAACUGCCUGUAGGUAAACAUCAUCUUCACCCCCUCUCCACCAUCCUCCUCGCCAAAACCGCCGCUCCAAACGCCGCAAAUCCACUCGAAGCCAACACCCACGCCGUGGGAACUUGACUCCCCGCCUCCUCGGCAAUUCGAUACGUCACACUACUCACCAACCCGGAAAUUACCUGAGGUAAAGAAAUCGCUAUAUUAUGUACUCCUAAGAUUGCACCGGAUUGACUAUCUUUUCCUCCUCCUUCUUCUUCUUCUUCAUCGUCAUCAUCUUCGUCUUCGUCUUCAUGAUGGUUGUUAUGAUUGUGAUUAUUGCAAUGAUCAGUAGAAUUCGAAGCAAAACCCAACUUGGCCGUCUCAAAUCCAAUCACCGCCCAAGGAACCCAUUGUGUAACAGACCAGGGUAAACCCCCCAGGGCAAUCAGAAUAGUUCCUUGCCAUUGGUGCUUGACGAAGAGGGUUAGAAGGAGGAGG